AUGACGAGCUCUUCGAAGAAUGGGAUAUGCCCCGCGCCAUUCUUGCAAGAGUCCCUUUUCAACACAACGGGAUACGCCAAUGGCAGGUUCUGUAAGGAUUAUGGAGGGCAAGUGUGCUGCUUGCCAUGUCCAUUGCAGGAUUGGAGAUAUCCUGAUGGAGUAAACGCCAAAGUCGAAGCCGCCGGCUGGAUUGCUGUCGCUCUCUUACCAUUUAGCGCAUUUCUCCUGCUCACCUACGCCGUCCUCCCAGUCAAGUAUACCAACCGCCAUUACAUCACCGUGUGCUUUACUCUUGCCGUCAUCUGCAUGCAGGUCGCUUUUAUCAUUCCUUUGGGUACAAAACCGGAGACAUGCUAUGAUGAGAUCACACCGCACGACAUGUACACCGACCUUUCUUGUGCCUUUACUGGGGCCAUUUUACUAUUUGGAGGCAUUGCUGUUGUGACCUGGAGUCUCCUCCGUACUAUCGCCCUUCAUCUUCAGGUAUGUUGGGAGAUUGUUAUUGGGCCGGUGUUCAUGUGGUGCGCCGUUGUUGCUGGACUCGGCGUUCCUGUCCUCAUCACAGCUUUGAUGUUGCACUUCACCGGCGUCUCAUACCGAUUCGGGGGUGUCUGUCAUAUCAACAGUGAGAACAGCUUGGGCGACUACUGGAUUCCCCUCUUGGUCUUUUCCGGGUUGGCACUUUUCCUCCAGUUCGCCACCAUUGGAUAUUGCAUUCACAUUUACGUCCGGUCUCUCUUCGAUCCGGAUCCUACGAGCACGAACCACUCCGGGCUUCCUUCGUACUCGGGCAGUGUGCGCACGGCAACUGCCCGUCAGGCAUACAAGCGUGUGCGGCGCGUACUUAAAAUGCAGUGGAGAUCUAUUGCGCUGGUGAUGACUAUUCUUGCCAACGUCAUUUACUUUUCCGUGAUCUUCGUCCAACUGAACAACUCGCUCACCUUGUCGUCAGAAAACAAAGCAAAAGCCAUACCGUGGUUAUUGUGCUUGGCUGCCUAUCAGGAUCCAACUAAAUGUACGGCUGAGUCCGCACCUGUCGCCAUCAGCGAAGCAAAGCUGGUUGCCACAAUGGUGCUGCUUGCCAUAGCCAAUUUUUGGAACUUCCUCUUCACGGUGCGCUGGAGUAUGGUGCAAGGCUGGAUUGCGCUGUUCAAGGGGUUCUUUGUCGAGCGGGUCGAAUUCGUCUCGGUGGAUGCGCGGUCUCGCCCUGCCGACACUUCCAACUAUGAAAUGCUCAAUCCACGCCAGAAUAUGAAGACGCCAGAGACGGUUGUUGAAGUGCGAUCGCCCAGCCCUGCUUAUGGUCUUGGUCCCAGUGAGGUUGACUUUGUUGGACGAGAUGUCUCGUAUCAUCAGCCCACUAUGAGCUUCUCCUCACCGCGACCACCGAGCUCAUCCCAGCACAACCCGGGCUACACGUGGGACGCGACAACCAGUUUUGCCCGAUCCAAUUCUCAAAUGGAGCAGCGGAAUUUAUAA